GGCAACCUGUGCGGCAAGGGGACAGGUAGGAGAUAAAGCUGCUGCUGCAGGUUACAAAGGUGACUUGGUGUGGUGUGUCCUAGAAUAAAAGGAGCCAGCAGAGAGGGUACCAGCAAGAAGGCCGGAAGGUUUCGGAGGCCGUUGUGCAGGGCCAUGGCUGUGUAGGCAGCAGCCAGAGCUUUCUUGCUCCUCAACUUGCCUAUCUGCUAGCUAAUAAGACUAGCUCUAGCUAGGUGUAUCCGAGGUAGGAGGCAGCAGGUAUGGGGAGGCCACCGUGCUGCGACAAUGGCGUCGGCGUCAAGAAGGGGCCUUGGACGCCGGAGGAGGACAUCGUCCUCGUCUCCUACAUCCAGCAGCAUGGCCCCGGGAACUGGCGGUCCGUGCCCGAGAACACAGGGUUGAUGAGGUGCAGCAAGAGCUGCAGGCUGCGGUGGACAAACUACCUCAGGCCCGGGAUCAAGCGCGGGAACUUCACCCCUCACGAGGAAGGGAUCAUCAUCCACCUUCAGGCGUUGCUUGGCAACAAGUGGGCAGCCAUAGCCUCCUACCUCCCUCAAAGAACCGACAACGACAUCAAGAACUACUGGAACACACACCUCAAGAAGAAGGUGAAGAGGCUGCAACAGCCAGCAGCGGACUCCUUCCAAACCGCUCCCUCCAACGCAGUCACCAGCCCAAACUACUACAGCCCCACUAGCAGCAGCCACCACAGUCUUCAAGGAAUGCAACCCAUGAACAGCUACCCCAACACCACCUGCACCAGCGCACCGAGCAACAACGAGGCCGCUGCCGUCUCCAACCUCUUCCAGACAUGGAUGAAGCCAUCACCAGCGGCGACAUCCAACUGCAAGAUCACCAUGCAAGAGUUCCAGGAAGAACAGGACGCUGCAGCUUCAAUGCUUUGCAAGGAUCAGGUUGUGAUGACGACAGGAGAUGUUAGCAAGUCUUCGGCGUUGGAGAUGGUAGUGGCGCCGGUGAUGGGAGCGAGCACUGCUACCUUCUCGCUGCUUGAGGACUGGCUGCUCGAGGACAUGCCCGGGCAGGCCAUGGAUGGGCUCAUGGGGAUCUCUGCCGGCUGCUGUGCAGAUCCCAUCAUGUUCUAGUUGUAUUGUGCCUUGGCUAUCACAUAGGAUUCUCAAUGAGUCGUGCACUUGUAAUGUUGGUUGAUCGAAUGAUAAGAUCCGGUCGAUCCUAUGUUUCCGGUAAUAAGCCGUUUGUUUCCUCGGGGAAAAAAUCCUGGAGAUGAUCCAGUUAAUUUCGAGAUAUUAGUAGUACUGAUGGAUUAAUAAAAUGGUUUAGACUUCAGUACCUAAUUUGGAUAUUCA